CCUCUCCCAAACCUUCAACUCCUGCCUCAACACAACCGACUGCUCCGUCAAAAUAUUUCGUUCUUCCUCAUCCAUAAUUCGAGUUCGUUGUCGCAGUAGCAGCGCUAUCUCAAAAUGUCACUCUUUCCCAGCCCUAACAACGGGCGGGACGCGACUAGAACGUGUAAUGGCUAAAAUUAGCGCGUCCCGGACCGCGCUCUUAUCGUUAUCGCCCUCCACCAUAAUUAUCCACUAAGUCCCCCAUCGCCCCUCCACCCACUCCCAAUCUCCAUGGACGACGACACCGCCACGAAGUCCCAGGUUCUCCAAACGACACUCGCCGAGAUCACAGCACGCGCAGGCGCGGACGCAGAUCCCCACCAUACCGCAGAAGAAUGCUGCGUAAUAUGCCUUGACCGCAUCACCGAGGCAGCGCAGGCGUCGCCCUGCCGCCACGCGAGCUUCGACUUUAUAUGCCUAGCCAGCUGGUUACAACAGCGUAGUUCUUGUCCCCUCUGCAACGCCGAGGUUUUCGAAAUCCACUACGCCUUCACGAACGAGACGGAGUACAAAAUCUACGCGGUCACAUCCACCACCAAAUCCACCGCACCCUCCUCCUCGAUCCCCCCACCACAACAGCGAAGCUUCCCCCAUCGACCGUCAAGGCCGCGACGGCAGUACACACACACACCCACCCCAGCCCCCGACGACGCCCUCGCCCGCCGCAGAGCAGUCUACGCGCAGAACCUCUACUCCCUACACGUAGGCAGCAACCGGAUCUCCCGCUUCCGCGAUUUCACGCCCCAAUCCCUCUCUGCCUCCCCCGAACUGCAGUCACGGGCGCGGACGUGGAUACGGCGGGAGUUGCGGGUUUUCGCAUUCUUACAGCCUACGGACACCGCGGAGGGCGAGGUCGGGGGUGCAACAGAGGGGGGGACGAGACGGGGAAGAGGGGAUAAUGCGGAAUUCUUGCUGGAGUAUAUAAUGGCAGUCUUGAAGACGGUGGAUAUGCAAGGGGCGUCGGGACAGGCGGAGGAGUUACUAAAAGAGUUUUUGGGGAGGGAACAUGCGAGGUUGUUUUUGCAUGAGGUUAGGGCGUGGUUGAGGAGUCCGUUUGCGAGGGUGGAGGAUUGGGAUCGGAAUGUGCAGUAUGCUGUGCCGCUUGUGAAGGUGGGGGAUGGGGAGAGGGGUGGUGUGAGGGGUAGGAGGAGGGGGAGGGGAAGGGGGGAUAGGUAUACUCCUUAUAGAGACGGUAGGGGGGGUGUUGAGGAGGCUAGACGGAGGUAUAAUCCGGAUUGA